AUGCCUCACUUGCGCCGCCAACCAAAUCCGCGCAACAUAGUACCCAAUCAAGACUCCAAUGCCCCAGGAGACCUCCGAGCACAGUUCCAGACCCCGCCAACGCGUCACACUCCCACCAACCCAAUCCAUCGACACCAACCUCCCUCCACCGGUCCAAAUGGUGUCACACCCGACCCAGUCGCCGUCGCGGGACAUCCAGCAGCACCAAUAAAUCCCUUUACAAUAUUUGGAAGACCAAGGGUAGAGCAACCACCACCGCAAAUGAUGGAUGACGACGACUUUGAUGAUGAUUUCGACCCGCGUGGCCACAGCAUGCAAGAGCUUGGGAACGACGGGCCACUUGACUUUGACGAUUCCUUCGCCACUGGUCAGGAUAUCGAAGGACAAUUUGAUGACUCCGAUAUUGACGACGAGGAACUGGAAGAAGAAGUCGAGGACCAAUUCGAGGACGAAGAGGACCCCGACCACGAGAUGCACGAUCGCGAAAAAUCACCCUCCCCUUUACCACCCAACUUGCGCGACAUCUCAUCGCUCGCUUCCUGGACCGUCUCCACCUCCAAGCCGGGCUGCGGUGUUGCGGCCCUCCGCAACCCUUCCCCGUCACAAUACUGGCAAUCCGAUGGACCACAACCGCACACCUUAACCCUCCACUUCUUCAAGCUGGUCGCCGUCGUGCGUAUCCGCGUAUAUCUCGAUUUCGAGCUCGACGAAAGCUACACACCCACGAAGAUGGUGUUCGCAGCCGGGAUGGGCGGCAACGACCUCAUCGACUUCGCAACUUGGGAAGGUGACGGUCCAUGCGGUUGGGUCGAUGUGCCAUUGGAGGGCGUCGGCGGUAGAAACGGAGGCUGGGUGCGCAACGACACUGGGAGGUCCAAACGCCGAUCUACUAGUAUGCGUCGGCGGACAACUGUGUACCGCAACUGUGAUAACCCUGACCAUGAGCAUGAUGAUGAGUGUGAUCCGUUUUAUGAGAUUGAUGAGCCUGAUAGCCAGGACGAUGAGGAUGAUCCCUACUCUGGGAAUGUGCUCAAGGCUAUGGUCAUCCAGAUGCGUAUUAUGGAGAACCAUCAGAACGGCAAGGACACUCAUGUUCGUGGAUUCCAAGUGUUUGCUUGCGAUGAUAGCCGACGUCGGAUGACCGCUGCGCCCUCGGCUUCUGCUGAUGCUCGGCGCCGCCGUCCCUCCCUGCGUGGGGCUUAUGAUCUUCGUGGACGUACUGCAAGUGAAGAUGCUGAUGCUGGAUUUACUACCACCGGUCUAGACGAGCCGGAAUGGAUGGGUGAGCCGGUGAUCCGAUAA